AGAAAGCCAUCAUCAGAUACGGUAGAUCUAUCCACCGGUACAGUACCAAUCUAGACUAUCAUCUAUUCAUUCAUCUCUCUGGGUCCAAGGCACACGACAAUAAUAAUGAUGUCGCUUCGAAGAAAACAGCAAUAUCUGUCCCUCUGGUGGACUCUGUCUGUGGUUUGCCUGCUAUUGGCCGCCAACAGUCAGGGUUUCUCCCCGUCUCUGCCAGCGUUGACGACGUCCUCCCACAGAACAGGCAGUGCCCUAUUGGCCAAAAAGAAGAAAAAGACCCCCAAAGCGUUAUCCUCUCCUGGCGGUGGCUUUGGUUCUGCCACAUCCGCUUCUACCGGUCCACAAGUCCGCGCCGUGACAGGUCAUACCGGCAGUGGCACCAAACCACUCCGACAAGCCGCCAAUACAUUUGAUGCCCUUCGCAAAGAAUUCGGGACGGAAGUCUGUCGCGAUGUCUACGUACGAGCUCCUCUCAAUGACGAACAAACCUUUUGGUUUGUGGGAAAAAUCGCCAUUAAUCCCAAUAAAGAAAGUGUGACACCCGACAUGGCUGUGUUGUCGCAAAAACGAUUGAUUUUGGAAUAUGCCAAACAUCAAUUGCGACCGCAAAAUUUGGGUGGAAAAUUUGAAACCGGUCAAGAAAUCUGGUUGGCACCGGGCGAUUCCGAAAUGGAAGUCGUACAAAAUAAAAUUGGACUGGAUAAAGUCUCCGGAUCGGCCGCCGAUCUGCCACACGAUUUUGUCGUCAAGGAAACGGUGGGAUUCAAUCCGGAAAUUUACGUGGGAGACGAAGUCCAAAAGGGUGGAUUGCGGGUCCAACGAGAUCCCAUUACGGGGGCACCCCUGAAACCCGUUUUUGAAGUCAAUGAGAGUGUGUAGUGACAUGUGAAAAUGUUGAAUGAUGAUGGUGUCGCAAACUAGACGAACCGAAAGAGAAGCGAGAGACCCAAAAAGUCGAAUCAAUCAAACAACCAACAUGAAAGCGGUAGGAAUGGUCGCCAUGAAUCAAUCUACGUUAUGUGAUAUUCUAGGCCCCGUUCAUCAACAACCUAUAUUGCAAAUGCACAGUUUUUAAAUAAUGCUCAGAAUCUGCUUUCAGUGUCGGGCAUGCUUUAGCUCAUCUUUUGCUUUGUGUGGUGUCAUGUCAUUGCGUACCGCUAUGUCUAUUCCUUCUUGACCACUAU